AUGCAGCCUGAAGUCCACGUUAUUAUCUUAGCGAUCCAAAUCCUCAUGCUCAUAGUCGAUUUGACGAUCAAUGCGGUUGCGAUUUUGUUUUUCCACAGCAACGCCAUUCAGCUGAUGCUUUACGCCAUACAGGAUACGUGUCUUUUAAUGUCACUGCUGCUAAUGUUUUUGAACUUUUUCACAACCUACGUGUACCAAGCUGGAUUGAUAUCACUGCUGAUUGCGAGAUUCCGAGUGAGCAUUAUAAUCACCUUCCUUUAUAUCGCAGUCACCGUCGCCUUUCACACAUACACUUUGGUAGGUUCCCUAUUUUAUUAUUACUUUUAUAAGCGUGCCGCCAUGUUGCUAACCGAUCCAAAAUACGAGGGCAAUUCAGCAUGGCUGAUGCGCGAAAUUCAGAAGAGAUUCCGUACUCCAUAG